AUGUUAACAAAAUUUUUACGUACCAGCCAUCGGCUGGUACUUCGAAGAAUCAAUAAUUUCACUCCCGUAUUAUUAAAUCAAUGUGCUGUUGCAAAUACUUUGAAUUCUGACAGUCUUCUGAUAUACAGACGAAAAUUUUCUGCAAACGCAUCAAAUACUUCGCAGCCUUUAGAAAUAAUCAAUCCAGUAGUUUUUGAACAAAUAUGCAAUGAAACUCUGGAAUCCUUGAGCGAUUACUUUGAAGAAAUAGUGGAAAAAUCUCCCAAUUUGCAGGGUGCGGAUAUAACAUACAGUGAUGGAGUUUUAACAGUAAUACUUGGCACCUAUGGAACUUAUGUAAUAAAUAGGCAAAGCCCGAACAAGCAAAUUUGGCUCAGUUCACCUGUGUCUGGCCCUAAACGCUAUGAUUUAAUAUUAAAGGAUGGAGGAUAUUGGGUUUACAAGCAUGAUGGAAUGACUUUGCAUAAGCUUUUACAAGAAGAAAUAUCAAAAGUUGUCGAGACUAAAGUGGACUUUGGAAAUUGUUCCCAUGGUGUGAUCUAA